AUGGAACAUGAUGCUGUUCAUCUGCUAAUGAAGAGGCUGGAAAUUCUGUAUAAUAUUAGUAUGAACAACUCAGACAUCAUUCUCGGCAAAGAAAUGGAGUUGUUGAAAAAACAGAUUGACCAGUUGCACCAACCUGGUGCAAGACACCACGGAUACUACCUCAGCCCUCGUCUAGAAAACGAGGCCUCAAAUGAGUCAACCAAGAAGACCAUUUUCGGCGUAAAUGAAGGCGAUCUGGGUAACUACGAUACGGACUUCAUCGACCUGAGGAAGCCCAAAGUGGAGGGGACCUACAACGAUGAUGGCGGGGAAGAAGCACGAGCUAAGAGAAAACUACCCAAGGCUUCCGCAAAUAUGGGGGAACUGGCUAAGGGAGGAUCUCCUACUCAUUCAUCCACCAGCAGCUCGCCACAGACAGCAGAUAAUGUAUGGGGAACGUCUGUCGUGCCAAAUCCAGAUGCAGCAAAACCAGUGAUAAAACACAACGGGGACGCGACGAAUCGCACAGGAAGCUUCCCAACAAAGAGGGGAAAUUUCAAUGAUGGUUUCCCUAGUGAAUUUUUCAAAAAAGUGUUGAAUGACGUGAGUUUGCAAAAAGAGUAUGACAGCUUUCAGCAUAUCCUCUACGGAUUUGCAAGACGGCACAGCUACUUGAGGGGCGAGAGGAUGAACCUGACCAAUGCGUACAGAAAUUUGUUUGUAACUGCGUUAAGUUUGCGGGACACACUUGAAGCCAACUGA